AUGGUCCAAGCCGCCGACCCCACGCGAAAUUACUAUGCGGACCUGAGGGUUUCCGCAGACGCAAGCGAGAACGAGAUCCGCAAAGCCUUCCGGACACUGGCGCUGCAGUUCCAUCCCGAUCGCAAUCCUGGGCGCGAAACCGAGUUCGUCGUCAGGUUCCAAGAAAUCCAGGCAGCACACGAAGUCUUGUGCGAUCCCAAAAAGCGGGCACAGUAUGACGCUGAAAGGAGGAAAUACCGGAACGCGAAUGUCUCCACAAACGCAUCCAACACACCGAGAACGAGACCGCCGCCGCCGUCACGCAAUGCAUACACUACGACUACUCCCGCUGGGUCCUACUAUCGUGGCCCGCCCCCAAAACCACAGCCACAAAGCCAACGUCCACCCCCGCCGCAACAUAACAACACAUACAACACAGGCGCCGACAGGUUUGCGGGCAAAAACCACCGUGCACCACCGACAGCGCAGCGGCAGGAUACAAGGGCAAAGGAUUCAGAGGCACGGGCGAAUGUCUUCACAGCAUGGCAGAAGAUGAAGCAGCCACGAGGAGAGGAGCCCCGCCAGUACAAUCCAAAUGCCCAUAAUAACCCACAGAACAACGCCCAAGCCAAUCCCAACGGCACGCCCUUCGGACGCAGCCAGAGCACGAGGGCUCCAUCAUCCAAGCAAGGUUUUGACCCCUCGACACCAGGCGUUGAUGAAGGCCAAGCACGGUCAGCAUAUAGGAACUAUGCCCGUCCGGCUCCCACGCCCCCCGAAUCCACCACUCCCCCGCAUGCAAAGGAAAGCCAAACCGACGAUGCCCCGUACUCUGAAGGGAACCGCGUUCGCACACCGUACUUCUCCCAUGUAGCAGGUGAGCGUACAUCGAUGUUCGAGGGUGUCGGGAGGUCAUCCAGUGUGCGCAAUUCGCCCACUCAUCCUCAUAGAGGCGGCUCAUCGUACGACGCAGGCGCAUACUCAGAUUCUGGUCGUAGAACGCAGCCAAAGAAGGCCAGUGGAGGCAAAAACGUGCCUUUUGAGCAUGGAUACCCUGAUUCUAGCGACGAUGAGGAUUCUGACUCUGAACCUUAUACCAAGACCAAGAGCCGCAAUCCACCACCACAAGCUACGAAGCCGCCUCCGCCGACCUGGACCCCGCGUGGCUUCGCAACUCCCGAGCACAAGCGGCAGACCAGCGGCGCGAAUGGGAACAUGGCAAACAGCUUCAAAAGCAGGAGUGAAGAGAGUAUCAACAUGAAGUUUUCGCCUUCGGACUGGCAUGGCAAGUUCGAAGGCAGUAGUAGCUACUUCGCUCCUAACAUACAAAAAGGUGCCAGCACAAAAGGCCGAACCUCUCCAACUCGCGGCAGAGCUUCGCAGCGGAACGCAACUGACCGCAGCGCAUUCACCUCUCAGCCCAUGGGUCAGCAGCCCUCCGUAUGGGCUUUCGAACAACCACAGUCGCACCCAAUACCGCCACCGCCUCCGGGUCCGCCUCCGGGUCUCAACUUCGCUCCCCCUCCAGGCCCUCCUCCGGUGGCGCCACAUGCUACAACUUUUAGCCCUCAGGAUUGGCAAGGAACCUUCAAAGACGCGAAUUGGGUUUACAAUGAUGCAAAGGAGACAUCGCCUCGUAGACCGUCAGAGGCUACAAAGCGACCAAAGGCCUCGCGGAAAGCUUCAGUGCAAAAGAAUGGAGCCUCGAAGAACCAGGACCAUCGAGAUACGUCGCGGCCAAAGUACCAAGCCUUUGCAGAGGAGGCGCCAAGUGGUGAUGCAGACGCCAUGGACAUCGACCCUGAGCCACCAGCAAGACCAGAACCGAUCAAGAGGGGCUCCCGUACGGCACCAUCAUCUCCAAGACGGACCCCUACAGCGGGUUCGGGAGCAACACAGAAUGGCUUCAAUGCUGGAGGUUUAAAUGGUCUUGGUGCAGACUUGCUUCCGCCACUCUUUGAGCCUCAAGCGAAUGGACUUGGUGGUAUGUCAAAUAUUCGAGAUGCACUCCCUUUUGCCUCUGAGGCCUCCAGGUCACAUCCCAUCAAGGCAAAUGCUGCAAAGAGCCUCAAAUAUCCCGAUGUCCCUCACGCACCUCUGCCACCCAUAAAGCUGGAUCUGUCGUCCGCAGACGACUACUUGAUGCGCAUGGGCUCAUACGUCAAAUCAUAUAGGAAGUACUGUGACGUCCUUACUGGCCACUUUGCUGCGCGAAGUGCUGAGCUGGAAGACCUUGAUGAACACUUUAUCCACAAUCGUGGUGAGACAACAAGAAAGGUUGGCUUUACGAGCUACCUGGCUAAGAUGGAGGAGGAUGAGAGUGUGAUGGAGACGUGGAAGCUUGCACAGGAACGUCACAUCACUGCGUUGCACCAGACCGCGGACCCGAUUCGCGGCAAUGGACAAAGUAGCCUUCAGGGCCAUGUUACCACGCCUCGUUGGUCAUGUAGCUUGAAUGUGGAGACGGGCGACGAGGGUGUCUCUCAUGCUACUGCUUCCAGUUCCAGAGCAACAGAAAGGGAUGUUGAGAUUCUGACUGGUAGGCGUGUACCGACGUCUCAGCCGUUGUUGAGGAAGAAGCAUCACGUUCUUGGAUAA